GUACUAGUAGUAUUACUCCCAGAACUUAGACUUUACGUAGUAAAAGUGGCUCACAACACAUGAGAAAGAUGAGGAAAUGACUGGACUUAAUCGAAAUGAACUGUAGCAUUUGUAUUAUCAGACAUAUUAGUACUAUAAGCUUUAAUUAUUUUAAAUCUGCAAUGAUCUUUGACCAACCAUUGGCAUUGUAGUUCAACGUUAAGAAUGGAGGAAGGUGGAAAAGAGAAUGGCAGAACGGGUGAAAGACGUUUCUCGGGAGGCUCUACAAACAGUGAUAGUGUCCCAGACAAUCACAACUGUGACUAUGAACCUGCUUUGGAGUUUGAUGAUACAGAGUUACAUGUAAUAGAAUCACCACAUUCAGAGACAGAAGUCGAUAAGAAAACAGAAGCAAGUGAUAACGAUGAUUAUCAGUUUCUUGAAUCACCUUUAUCUGAUGAACUCAUGGAUGAAAACUUUGAAGAAGCCUUAGCUUCUACAGAUAAUGGAGAACUAGAUGAUGGUGAUGACAGUGAUAUGGAUGACUUUUCAGAUAUUGCCAAAUAUGGGAUUGUAGAAAUUGCAGGUGAUGAUUCUUAUGGAAGGAAAGUAAUAGUCAUCUCAGCCUGCAAGUUGCCAUCUAACAAGGAACUUAAUCAUGCCAAGUUUCUCAGGUAUCUUAUGUUCACUUUGGACCAGUUUGUAGAAAAUGACUACACAUUAGUAUAUUUCCACCAUGGUCUAAACAGUAAGAACAAACCAUCUCUUGGCUGGCUAUGGGCUGCUUAUAAAGCAUUUGACAGAAAAUACAAAAAGAAUCUUAAAACCUUGUAUCUAGUCCACCCUACCAACUUUAUUAGGAUCGUGUGGCAGAUAUUUCGACCUGCUAUCAGUGUCAAGUUUGGAAAGAAAGUAAUGUAUGUGAAUUAUCUUCACGAACUAAAGAAACAUCUUCAUUUUGAACAGUUGGCCAUUCCAAAAGUUGUGUUAGAUUAUGAUAAACAACUUCAAGCAGUUGAUAAGGGAUCUUCAACCUGGUUUCCUAAUUCACCAAGUAGUAGCAGCUUGCAUCUUCCAGGGCCUGUCUAUGAUACACAACAGUUUCGAGUCUCUCUUUCUUACAUCAAGGAACACAACUGUGGUGACCCUGUACCUCGAGUUUUAAAGGAGUGUAUUGCUUAUCUUGACAAUGACACAGCACUUGAAACUGAAGGAAUCUUCAGGAGGUCAGCCAAUACCAAAAUUCUUAAAACAGUACAGGGUCUCUUUGAUGAAGGUAAGCCAGUGAAUUUUGAAGAUUACAAUGACAUCCAUGUACCUGCUGUGAUAAUUAAGUCCUUCUUGAGAGAGUUACAGGAACCUUUACUAACAUUUGAUUUAUAUGAUGAUAUCAUUAGCUUUCAAGAAACAGAACUGGAAUGGACAGAAAAACUUUCUGUUGCCAAAUCGUUAAUGCUACAAAGGUUACCAGAAGAUAAUUAUCAGCUUCUAAAAUAUGUGGUAGGAUUUCUGGUCAAGGUUAUAGAAUGCAGUGACCUGAACAAAAUGACUGCCUCCAACUUGGCCAUUGUAUUUGGUCCCAACUUAGUAUGGUCUCACAGUCACCAGGCUUCCCUGUCAUCCAUUACCCACAUCAAUCACUUUACAGAAUUUCUUUUGAAGAACCAUGAUUUAAUCUUCACCAAAUAGGCUGUGCCUACAGAGUGGAAGUGUUCAAGGAAAAGCACCAUUAAUCUGGCUAUUGGACUCAUAGUUUUGUUUUUUAUAAGUGGCACAUUUUGAAGCAUGUUUUUAAAGUCAUGUAAUUUGGUUUUGUUACAUUGUCCAUCUUGUGGUUUUCUUACAGUUUUUAGAGCCAUUAUAUUUCCACAAAAAAAUCUAGUAGAAUUUAGCCUAUAUUUGUAUGUAGAAUGUAUAUUAGAUGUAUGUAUAAAGAAGAAGAAGAAAAAAAUAUAUAUAUACAGACAUAAAGUCAAUGCAUAUCAACUUUUCUACUCAGUCCACUUUGAAUUUUUAGUGUAGAUUCUGCUUGAAAUGAAACAUAGUAGUGAUAUGUUGUACUUUGCUGAAAUUUCUUUAGUAUACUGACACAUGGUCAUAUGUGAAUGAAAUGUGAGUGUGAGGGAAGUUUUAAUAAUUUUCAAACUUUGCAGGAAUAGCGUAAAACACAGUAUCAGAAUGUAAAAAUUAGAAUGGAUAAAAAAUAUUUGAGAAUUGUUUAAGUUUCUUUUUUCAAUUUUUUUGUAUGAAAAAACUACAAAAUUAUAUUCUCAACCUGAUUAACAUUAAAAAGACACUGGUACACUGUUGAGGUUUUGAAAGUGUGUUUGUGUGUGAAUGUUAAAGAUUGUAUCUAAAAAUAGACAAAAGAAUAAAUUGGUAUGUGAAAUAGGAGAAAGCUUGUACUCUUUUACAGUACUUUAAGUUUGAAGUAAAUUAAAACACUCAUGUUUUAGUUAUUACAUUCAAAAUUUACUUCAAAGUUAAAAUCAAGAGUAUGGAAUUGAAAUAUAAGGCAAAACAAAAUAAAUUAUUAGGUUCUCAGAAGUGCCAUGUGUAAUUUAAACUGCUGCAUGCAAGUUUUUGAUUUGCUCAACUUGAAGAAAAAUUCAUAUUUUUAAUGCUAUAUUAAUGUAACACAAAUGUGGAUGUGCUCAAACUGGUGUGAUUACAAUACAGCUAAAUAUGUCGUGUAGAGUAUAACCAUUUUUAAAGGCUUAUGAACAUUGGGUAGCAACGUGAUUUACCAACUUAGAAUAUAAGUGCUGUGUUUGUUGAAAUGUCUUCAACAUUACAGUAUAUUUUCUAUUUGGAUAAAAGUAUUUGUUGAUUGCUUGAUAAAGAACAAACAAAAUGCAUUAAAACUAUGUGGCAGUAUUUAUGUAUAAUGAUACUUUACUUCACUGAUUCUUAAAUCUAUAUAAAGAAGUCCAAACAGGGGGAAAAAAUAAUAAUAGUUACAUGGUUGCAUGCUUUUAUCGAAAAAAAAAUUAUCCAGAUAGCCUAAUAAUAUUUCUAAUUAUGCAUUAUCUACAAUAAAGCGUGAAUGAAUUAUUGAUGUUAAAUGGUCAAAUCAGGGCAUUAGUAUGCAGUGAUGCUCAAAUGUGAAAAUUUUUGUUUUUUCAGGCAACAUUUUGAAUAAGGAGCCUGAGAAGAUUAUUCUCAUAGAAAUAUUCAGUUGAGUGACAGUUAAAGUCAAGAGUUGGUCCGCCGUGUUAUUGUUCUCAUGAUGUAUAUGUAUGUAAAAUUUGAGUAGCUGCACAUAAUUUUGUAUAUAUUCAUGAAUGUCCCUGCAAUAGUUUUCUUAAUGUUUUAUCAUUAAUGAUGUUAAUGCUGUAAAUUAUGCAUUUUUACAUAUUAGAUGAUGCCUAUGUUUUUUAAAGGAAAUUUGUUUUAUGAACUGCAGCUGUAAUCUACAAAUGUUAGUGGUGAUGUUGUUUAGAUUACAUUUACAUAAAGCAUAGCCUAGUAAUAAACUAAACACAUUUAAGUAAUAGUUAAUAAGGUUAGUACAGGCAUGUUAUUAAUAUAAUUUUGUUCUAUGGAUAUUCCUAAACUGCUUUUUAUUGUUUAUGAAAUAACAGAUGUUACAGGAACAUUUGAUUGUAGGAAGUAUGGGCUUGAGCUUGAGUUAACAAGAAUACGAUUUUCAUUUGUACUGCUAAGUUAUGAUUAUUUUUUCAUUAAUACAAAACCUUUGGUUUAUUGAUUGUUUCUGCUUUUUGUUGCUGAUGGCAUAUGAUGGAAAGCCAAUUUCUGUAUGAACAGUUUUCUAGUAUCCAGUUCAUUUUAUAAAAAAAAACGUAUUAAACAAUUUUUUUUUUAAAUACAUGAUAAUGUGAUUUUUUCAGGCAAUUAUGAAAAGAUCAAUUGAUGUAAUUUUCAUUUUUAUCAGAUUGAUCAAGUGAAAAAUAAUUUUUACAAAUUCACUGUAGCAAAAUCUUGUAAAGAAAGUAAACAAUUGAAUAUAGAGAACAAAACAUCAUAUAUAGCUGAUUAUGAUUGCAAUUUUAUAAUUGUUUUUAACUUGAAAAUUUUCAAUGGUAGUUGAAAUAUAUCUAAAAUUUCUGGAAUGGAACACUGCAAUGUCUGCAAUGAGAAUGAGACUUAUUCAUUAAUACAACAAUUUUUUUUUCUUCUAAAGCUUCUAACCAUGAAUGAGUAUGCUUUAAAUCAUUAGAUGAACCAACAUUGACCAAAAAAUAAGGGGACCAGGCAUGGCCUAGUGAUUAGUGCACCAGGAAUGUGAAUCCAAAGCUACAUGGUACAUUGUUGCAAAAAUUUACUUACUCUUUGAGACUGUGCAUGCAUUAUAAGAGUGAGUGUCAAAUCCCACUAUUCAAUAAUAUAAGAGUUAGCAAUGGGUACUGUUGACUAGCUGCCUUCCUCGUAAUUUGCCAGUCCAAAAUUAAGGACUGUCAUACAUGGACAUCCUUUCUAUAGAUUUGGAUGAAAUUGUAAAACAAACAAACCAAAGAAUAAGGUUAAGAUUGAAGUGGUUUUAAUAAAUAUAGAUCUGACUUCUUUGUUUUUCAGUUCCUCCCACUGUCAUUUUGUGAAUGUUACACAGUAUUUUCUGUGGUUAAAUAACUGUGACUGAAAUUUUGUUUUUACAUCCAUUUAAUGUCUUCAAAUCCUAUUUCUCUAAGCAAUUAGAAAAACAACAAUAAUCCAAGCUACCACAAAAAAUAGGAAUAUGAAUUUUAUUGAACAAGAAUUAAAGUUGGUCUAGCCUAAAUGAAAAUGUUUUUAACAGAGGAUAUACCUUAAACUUCUGUUUUAAUUCUGAGCUGAUAGUGACAGGAAAUGAAAAGUUUGAUUUUACAUCCACAAGCCAUUUCAGCAGUAAUAAAUAGGCUGGGUAUGGUCUGGAGGUUAGCAUACUAGGCUGCUAACCUAAAGGUCCAAGAUUUGAACCACAAUAUGCUGCUUUGUAUGCCUUGCAUCUUCAGCUGAGUGGUGUGUUAUAACUGUAUCAGUCAAUUUAGUUAAGAGCAAUGUGAUAGUUAUAGACUGUUUGCCUUCUCUCUGUUCGUCCCUUCUAAAUUAGAAAUGACUAUGCCUGAACCUAAGGGUUUUCCUAAUUGGCUGUUUAGCUCUUGUAGCAAAUGAAAGAAAAAUAACAGUAAUAAAUACACAGUAUCUGAUUAUCAGGAGUAUGUUCUUAAUAAACUAAGUGUCUAGAGUAUAGAGGUUUCUGUCAUGGUAGCAUGAUUUGUGUCAUAGGUUGAUAACGUUUUCUGUUGUGUGUUGACUUUAAUAUUUUAGGAUGUCUCCUGCUAAUUUGUUUGACUAACUGACUGACUUUCACAAAGUUAAUGUGCAAUACUUUUAGUAUCCAUGAGAAUAAAAGUGAAGACACGUGACUGCAUUAGUUGAAAUUCUGGAAGGAAAUGUGUUGCUGUUAAUGUAAUUUAUCUUCCUUUAGGUUUUCAGGAUUCUAAAAUACUUUUAAUUACAGCUUACGUCACAGUACAUCUCUCAAAGGUUUUAGUUUAAGGCAUUCCACCUGAAAUGGGUUGAUGUAAAGAAGAAAUAUUCCUAGCAUUUUUAUAUUUUUAAAUGUUUAUUUAAAUAAAAAGAUAUACUAUUAUUUUUUUAAUUGAAUUAAAUUAUAUAUUUUUUUUCAAGUUUCCAGUUGGUGUUGGCUUGGUCAGAGACUAAUAUUAGAAAGUUGGAAAUGUAUUCUCUGAAACAUAAAUGAGGUUUAAUGUAAUGUGUUGUUUCUUCAGUUGAGAAAAGGUGAUGCAGGUUGCAUCUCCCUAAGACAUCAUAAAGAUUAAUAAACAUAAUAUAAGAAAGAUAUAAUUUUACAGAAAGAUGUUUGAAAAUGAUGGAUAAAUGAUUACUUACAGAAUCUUUCAUGAUCAUCUGCAUGUUGCCAGUAUGUUUUGUUUUACUAAUGAUGUGGUUAUUUCCAGUAAAAAAAUGACUAUUGCAUUCCUUUGAUUCUGACUUGUAUUAGGAUACUAACAUUGAAGGCUUUGUCUAAGGAUAUAUUUUAAUAAAAUAUUUUAUUCCAUGUAAAUGUUAGAUUUAUUGAAUAAGUAAAUAUUCCUGAUUCUCUUCCUUAAGAUAGAUCUGAAGUAUUCUAGUCUAUUCUCCAACUCUCAGUGUCUGAAAAUUCAUGUUGCUUUAAUUAAGUGAAAGCAAUGAAUAAAAAACAGUAACCUGCUCAUUUGGGAUGAUUACUUUAGAAAUUGUGCCACAUAUUUUUUUCAAUUCUUUUUUUGUAGAUUUAUUUAGAAAUAUUAAAUGCAAGUCUUAUGAAUAUCUUCCCUUCACUUAUAAACAAAUAGUAUUACAUUUUUGAGCUGUUAGUAUUGCUUAUAUAAGUAGUUGUGUAUUUCCCAUCUGUAAAUGUUUUACAUUUAGUAAGACCUACAAAUUAUUAUGACUGUUUAUGUAAGCAUUUGGUAUUUUAUUCUAUAUAUAUUUAUAUGUGUACACUUUAUGAUGAAAGCCUGUUGUGAAAAGAUCUAGUCCUUCAUUAAAUUAACAGUAAAUUGUAAAAUACACUUCUGAUAGACCUAUCUUUUUUAAGUCCUUGUUUGCUAUUAUUAAUAGAACUCAUAACUGAAGAGAAGCAUAUUCAAUUUUGUGUCAAGUUGUCAUUCUUUUUUGUGUGUGUGUGUGUAUGUUGUUAAU